CUCUCUCCCCCCACCCUUCCAUAGGUAGUCCAUAAUGAGUGUCCAUUGGUUUUUAUUACGCCUUGUCCCCCUCCCACUGGCCGGCUUCGCCCUGCCCAUGUUUUCUGUGUCUCAGUCCGUCCAUCUCCUGACGUUCAAGUUCGCAGGAACGUCACGUCCGCACUUGAACUUGCAGCUCAGGGGGGCUUCUCUGUACCCCCAUCACUCUCUCUUUGCGAAAAAGUCAUGAAGAGGUCCGCACAACCCGCUGCGCGCUCCGCCUCACCCUCUGAAUGAUCAGCGCUUCAUUUCUUCUGUGCUUCUUUUUUUCUUCUUCUCCUACUUGGAUGUCAGAGGCAUCAAUGAAGAUAUUUCAUUUGGAGUCUACCUUAUAGGAAAGGAUUUCCCAAUGUGAACUCAGCUGAAGAGCCGACUCUAAACCAACAUGUCUCGCCGCAAGCAAGGCAAACCCCAGCACUUGAGCAAACGGGAGUUUUCGCGUAAGUGGAGCUGAAUCACAUAUUGACUUAAUUUAGCUGCUUGUCCCUCUCACAGACAGAGCAGCAUCGUGUGUUUUUUCUUUCCUUGUGGGGCAACUUCUUUGGGGGGAAUGAAAAGGUAGAAAGUAUGGCCACGUACGGACCCUGAGUGGAUUAAAAAACGCAAACAUUUCCGAGACAGCAGGUUCUUUAAAAGUGAAUUUAGGAUCUUUGAGAGGGAGUUUAAAACACUGUGUUAGAGAGCUUUGACUUGUGUUGUAUAACGCUGCCUUUAAGGUUUCUUUCGCCAUUAAAGGGCAUGCAUGGGCUUUAUGACCGGAGACCUUUGGCUAAAUGAAGGCAGCCUGAGCACACACCACCGCUGCCACACGCUGUGUAGUUUCCAGGUCGAGCAUUGAAACCUGUUCCACGACAACAAACACAUAUCUUUUUAGUCGAUAAGAAUGUGUUUACAGAGCUUGGAGCUGGUUUGGACGCAGGGGAAGUGGUGUUUACAUACCCACUUGUCCACAGCGCAGAGACCUCGUGUGCGCGUUAUCGGGAAGGAGGAAUAUAGUUUCUGUGGCACACAUUCCUCAAAGCUCCUGCUCAAACAGCGUGUAUCAAAGACGCACCAGAUCGACACGUUUAUUCUCUAAGAACCCCGAGCAGACUCCCUGAGAAAUGCUGUUUUACAACUACGAGAGAGGACAGCAGGAAAGAGCUUUUACGCGCGAGUCUGAUAAUCUUACCAGUCAUUGACAGAUAUUGCGUGAUAAGAAUUUCACGCUUCCUGAGAAGAUUUAUAACCUGUAAUCCAUUUGAUACCAUCAGUAAACGCUUUAUCAAUGCUCUCUUUCGCAACAUAGCGUUUAUGGAGACAUCUGAGCAUCAUCCUCAGACUGCUGUGAUUGAAGUUUGAAGUGAGCAUUUGGAUCAGGUUGUUUCGUUUCGUUUCAUUUCUUUUAAUUGUUUUCGCUCUAAACGCCCCUCUGCAUGCAGGCUUUUUCCAUCACGGUUCAAACCAAUUAUGCUCUCGCAACAUGUAUGCCUGCAUUUGUCGGAUAAUUGUCAAAAGAUUUGUCAGUGGGGGGCGCAAUAUGAUUGUAGUCCCGUGGACCACUGAUGAUGAACUUGAACUUGAUCCACUUUUCCCUUUGAGCUGCUUGACCAAGCAAGUGCAGACAGAGGCGAGUUUUAUUCAGAAAGAAGUGAUUGUUUAUUCUCUCACUACUUACUGCAUGUGUUUUCUUAUUAAAGAGAGUGUGAAAAUGCACAUUUAACAGAGUAGUCAUCUAACGAAUGUUUUAUUUACUGUAAAAAUGGCUGCUCAAAAGCAACAAUAAGGUAAUCUAAAGUGUUAAUUAAUAACUUGAUGAUUGCAGAGGCUUUAUUUAGCCUAGUUUCUAUUUUUGGCUCUGACCCAGAUCUUUCAAGCUCCAUUCACUUUGCCCUAAUAUUUUUAUUUGAUCAAUUCAUGUCCGCCAUUUGAACACACUUUACAUUAUUUAGGUGAGCAGUUAUCACAUUUCUAAACCGACUGAAAGAGAUAUGUUUUAUGCAUUCACAAGCUUUUCCAAACUCCUUUUAAAAGUGCAAAUGAUCUAUUUUCCUGGUCAUGUAAAAUUCAGUGAUUGAUCUUUGACCAUAUAUGGCGGUCAUAACGUUAGCAAAGAAAGAGGCCUGAUGAUUUCCUUGAUAGUGAAUCAGACCUGCUCCUGUCGCCCAGAGGGAAACACUGACCUAAUCUACUUUAAAUUCUGAUGCAGUCAGAUGUCUGAAAAACGGAUUAUAUUUUUGGUUUUCAAACUUAUUCAUAUCAUUCUUGCUCGGCAUCAAAAUGAGAUUAUUUGGUUUGAAGAAAAUCUUUCCGGCUAACCCAGCCUCACACACCUCGCCUGUGUCCGGGGCAUAAGCUGGUUAAGAUAAGCUCUGUUAAAAUAGGGGGAGAGUGCCUCAUCUUUAAUUCAGCUGAACAUCCAGGUAACGGGGGCCUAUCUUGCAUAGUCCCUCACCACCUUCCCAUCCGACCCGACAUGGAAUUAAAGGUUGAACCAGCAGCAAGAAUUCAUCACAUCUUAUCUCGACAUCCCAGUCAGGGCACCCGAUGUCGUUUACCAUGUGGCUAGAUUACUUCUUUUAAAAAUGCUCUCUCCUUCUCUCCCUUUUUCUUUCUCUCCGUCUCUGUCGGUACUUUAGGGACCUACUCCACAUCCAACCCCUCAAUGUCUAACCUUGGUUCACAAGAUCCCAGCACUUUUAACGAAAUGGGGUCCAAUCAUCUUGAACUCAAAUUAGAAUCUAUUUUUUGAUUCUCGGAGGUGUUAGGUUCAUUAAAAAAGCGAGAUUGGCAGCACAAUAAAGAGGGUCAAGCAACUUAAUCGUUUGGCUGCUGCCUGCGAGCUGAACAUGUCAGUCCUUAUCGAAGCCUGUGUGCUUUUUCUUUCUUUCUUUCUUUCUUUCUUUCUUUCUUUCUUUCUUUCUUUCUUUCUUUCUUAUGCCCUCUUAUCCUGUGUGCAUGUCUGAACAUACAGUAUAUUGCGUUUCUCGGUUGCCCUCUCUAUGAGACAUCUGUUUCCCAGCUCUACAGAAACACCACCUCUCUUCGAACCCUAUCUCACAAUCUCCUCUCUUCUUGUCUCCCCGCUCAGCUGAACCACUUUCAGGCGUUCUACCCGAAGAAGACUCUCAGGACUCCCCCGGGCUGGGCGAGGAUCAGGGUGAGCCCCUCAAAGGGGACCAGGACCUGCUGACCUGCGGCCAGUGCCACUCCCGCUUCCCUCUUGCCGACAUCCUGCUGUUCAUUGAACACAAACGGAGGCAGUGCCACGGGAGCCUCUGUGCAGACAAACCUCUGGACAGGCCGCCCUCCUCUCCGCUCGCCUCCCCCCUCUCCACGUCCUCCUCGCACUCACGGACCCACCAUCAGCACCCGCGGAGGGUGUAUCACCCAGUGGAGGUGGCAGUUCAGGUGUCGCCACAGGAUGAGGAUUGUUUAUCUGCACCCUUGCAAGGAAUAAUCCCCAAGCAGGAGAACAUCACAGGUAAACACAGAGGGAGUUUAAAAAUGCUGCCACACGAGAGUAAACAAAUGAGAAAGAAAUGUGAGGAGUGAGUCUUUUAAAGGUGUGGAGGUAUGCAGAAGGUCACUGUUUUUGAGGUUCAUAGAGAGUUUAGAUAAGGAAACACACUCUCAGUUUGCUUCCUGUCGUAGAGACCUUCCUGUCUUCAUAGCCAGAGUGUGAAAUAUCUGCAGCUGCUUUUAGGAGCUGUGAAUCUCUCUCAGCCACAUGAAGACCAGCCCGCCCCUGAAAAACGAUUCUGAGAAGCGGAAACAUCCUCAGAGAGUAAAAAAGAUGCACACACAGACAAAGACGCAGAUUAUGAAAGAGAGGAAGAGACAGAAGGAGAGAAAAAAAAAUAAAAGAUGGACCCUUUUUUUGGUUUGUUGCUGCAUCACAGAUGUGCUCAGAAGACCGUGUGGCCUCCACAUUCUCUCUCAUGUGGUGGUGAGAGAUGUAUCUCCAUCCCUCCCUGGCUUAUUACGCUGCCAUAUCUAUCCUUCCCUCAAAAAUGCGCCUGUGAAGCAUCACUCUGAUGCUAAAAUUAAAAAGAGAUAGAGAAGAAUGUAAUUACGCCAAACUGUCAUGGAAGAAGCGUAUAUUUGAGGAAGCUACGGCCACUAAUUGUCAGUGCUUUUCUUGAUUCGAGUAAUUAAGGACUUCUUAAGGCGGCUGGUUUGUUGUUUCUCCAUCGGGGGCUAAAUGAGGCUGUCGAGAAAACAUGAGCCGCCGUGAAAACAAGCGUGCAUCCCUUAUGACUGCUUUUUUUUUUUUUUUUUUUCACUUUCCUUUGGCAGAUUUGAUCAAGUGAGCCAGAUUGGGCUUAUUGUCCGUGCAGUUUUGAUUUAAUUUGAAGCCAAUCGAGGAUAAACGCAGGAAUAAUAGUGGUGAAUAAUGUGCACUACUGUACUGCGUUAGCUGGCGCCGCCGCUCUGCAAAGGGUCUACUGUUGUUAGCUCAUCAGACCCUCGAUCUCACAGAAUGACCACUGUUCAUUAGUGCGCAGUUUGUCAAACAUCUGCCCUGUGUAUGAGAACACACACACGCGAUUGGACAUAAGCGUCCUCACACACACACGCACACACACACGCACACACACACACACACACACACACACACACACAUUUAGUCCAACAUGCCUCUUGGCCCUGUCAGCUGUUCGAACAUGCUUUUCUUUGCUCAUUUAGAUCAUCAUGCUCUGGAGUUCACAUGACAACAUGAGGUGACUAACAUUGUGAGCUGAGCUUUAUUUAGAGGGCUAAUUUCUCUUGGCAUUGUGUAACAGUGGGCUUUGGCUCAGUUUGAUGGUGAUAAACAGGCAGAUUUGGGUGGAUGUGGAGCUGGGAUGUGCUCUAUCUAAACCUGGGAGAAGGUAAACUCAAGAUAAACCUGAAAAAAGAAAAAAGAUUUGGGUUAACAGAGUUAGUACAGCUGCUGUGCAGAAAGCUUGGACAUCAGUUACAUGUGCUUUAAAGCCGCUCCCCCCACCUCUGUUUUCUGGUUAUAAGAUUGAUGGAUUCAGACUGGCAGUGCCAGCGCGCCACCCUUUAGCCCAUAUGCUGGCUGCCAUGUUCCCUCACCCCGCUCGGUUAGAAGCUGACACUGAGAUGAGGCAUCUGGAUACAUACUGUCCCUACAAAGUGUACCUCUGCCUCACUGGUUCAUGUCCAGUUUAUUCCAGGGGAGUGGACUAUAUGAUACACCCUUAUAGAUUCUGCAUACACUCCUCUGAAUGUGACCCCUCUGCUCCCCACCCCCCUCCUGAAAUGUCAUAUGGCACUGAUGGAUGUGCGUUUGGACCUCGGAUACACAGGGUUGAGAAAAGGCUGCAGGCCUGGAGGAGCCGACAGCACAGGGGUGAACUUGCAGCCGAGGGGGCAGCAGGAGGAUUUUAUCUGCAACACACCCAGAGCUGGAGGUGAAGCUGUGUGCCUCUCGGCCUCCGUCUUUGGGACAGCUGAGGCCGUCUGGGAGCCUCAUGGCUGCAGCUGUGGCUGGGGUCUGCAGUCUGGAGCUGUGGGCCGUUAGAGGAGGAGGAGGAGGACAGAGCAGCCUGCGUACCGUCAUUUGCAUGAUAAACAAUUUAAGAUAUGCAUAGGGACACCGUAGCUUGUCUCCAGAUUAUGGAUGGCCCAGAAAAAGAGCAGAUGACAGAUUCUCACACAAACUCUGUGUCUUCAUCAGAGUGUAAAACUGGAUUUAUUAAACAUGAGCCUGAUGAUGAUGAUGAUGAUGAGGUCACUUUGUAGUUUUUGUUUAUGUUAUCAUCUAUUGUCCUGGAGACGAAGUGUCGCAGUAAAUGACUGUAUGGCGGUCUGCUUUGAGUAAUUGGACCAAGAUGCUCUCUGUUGUUCUGAUUCACAGACUUUGUCGUGUCCUGUAUCAUGAUCAAUAUCCUCACUUUUAAGUAUGUGGAAGCAUAUUCUCAUGUGUGUAUGUGUGUGUGUGUGUGUGUGUGAGCUGCUACAUUACUACAUUACCCAGCAUUAGCACCGGUGUAGCCAUGUGUGUUAAUGAGGCCAUUGUAGCCGCCAUACGAUCGGCCACCAUCUCACACUUCUGCCUCUUUCCAGCGCAUUGCCUCCAUUGUAACCUGGACUGUGAAUCGAUACUGAGUUAAUUAUGGCAGCCACCUUUCCCCCUUUUCUCUAUGAGGAGGAAAACAUUCUUGCAACGGGGUCUGUGAGUGUGUUGUGUGUGUGUGUGUGUGUGUUUUUUUUUCUCACAACACCUCUCUGUGGCUGCUGAGUGUCUUCCCGCAGCAGCUUGCCUGUCCUGUUUGUCUCUGUGUGUUGUGGAGACAAAGGUAUUUAGCAGGCUCCGUAUUGGCAGUGUGCCACCUUUCUCCAAACCACCAGCCCCCCCCCUCACACACACACACACACACACACACACACACACACACACACACACACACACACACACACACACACACACACACCGCUUCAUAAGCACACAUGUAUAACACACUGGGUAUCUGUCGGGCAGAGUUGGGGGGCUGGGCAGUCCAUGGAGUGUGUUAUAAAUGUGUGUGUGUGUGUGUGUGUGUGUGGGCUGGAAGGGGGAGAAGAUCCUUGACAUCCUUUUUUUUUUUCUUUCUUGUGGUCAGUGUGUGUGUGUGUCUGUGUGCAUAUGUUGCUGCUUUUACAAGUCCACAUGCAACGUGUGCUUUUGUUGGGGCGAUCACUCUAAUUGAUAGUGAAAAGGCACAGAUGCAUGCUGUUGUAAUUACAACACACCGGCUAAUAUUUCACUAUCAGGGCGCUAAAAGUGACUCUGAUUUUAUCCUCCAGUCGCUCUGGAAAAAGAGUUCCUAUUUUUGGACGUGGGCUCUCACUAAGUUUUAAUGAAGGUGAACAGGAAUGGGGUUUUUUAGGAUGAAUUUUUCAUAGGAGACAUUUUUGUAUUCUGAAGCCGAGCUCUAAACACCCACAAAUGUUGUCAGUGGAAAUCCCUCAGCCUUUGUUGUUGGCUCGAGUGUUAGCGUCUGCGGCUGCAUUCAAGUGCCGAAGUCUAGUGGAUGUUUACAUCUCCUGUGUGGAUGCGGUGUUAAACUAAUGCAUGUGCAUAUGUGUGUACGUGUGUGUGGAUGAGUGUGGUUUUUUGACCACUUAAACUGUUUAUAGCCUUCUAUGUGUGUGUGUCAGUGUGUGUGUGUGUGUGUGUGUGUCGGCUGUUUGUUAAAGCUUUACUACUCUGGGCGUGCAGGCUGAACAUGAAAGGGUCUUUGACUUGGCAAGCCUCGCCGGAGGACACCCCUCUGUGGACCAUGCCAGGCCAGACUUGGCACACAGCUCUAUGCCUGAGGGACGGGCUGGGUCUUAAUGUGAGUUCAGUGUGUGUGUGUGAGUGUGUGUAUGUGUGUGUGUGUAUAAAGGAAGGUAGAAAAGGUGUAUUUGUGUGCCAAGCAAUGUUUUGUGGGUUUAGGAAGCAGGACUUAUAGUGAGGUGUGUGACUGACAGUCUGAGUGUGUGUGUGCGUGUGCGUGUGUGUGUGUGUGUGUGUGUGUUGUCCUCAGGGCUGAAGGCUUGGGCUUCCUGUGUCUCUGUUUGUCUUCUAACCACCCCGGUACCACAGCCUCGGGCCAUUCAGGUGGAGGCUAGUUCAAGUAUGCAUAGACAUGGACUCACAAAAGAAACAGACGUACACACACACACACACCUACGCACAUAUAGACAAAUGAACACAGACACACACCUGUUUUAUGAACACAAAAGUACCCCCUCACACACACACACUCUCUGCUGAUAUAGACCCGUAAACAUGCUCGGUGUAAACCUCCUGUGUUGUGUCCGUAAUAAAUGUGUUGUGGCAGAGGUCCUAUGACGUGUUGUGAGAUGAUGAGAUCUGUCAGAAACAUAUGAUCCUUAUUUCAGCCCUCCCUCCCCUCCCUCUCUCCUUUCCUUUCUUCGAUCUCCCUCUCUCGCUCAUGCUCUCUCUCCGCACACCGCUCCAGUAGUUUGUCUCCAGGGACUAGAGACUCAAGUUUUGGCUACAUUAGCGUGUCUGCACCUCUUAAAGGCUUCCAACAUCCAUUCUGGAGCUCAUUCUCACUCUCACAGAUUUGGCUGCUCUGCAAGCUCGAAGACAUAGACACGCACAUACUCGCACACAUACACACACACGGACAACGCAUACACACAUUCGCCGCUUCUCGCUAUCGCCUCCAUCUACUGUCAAACGGAGCUCUACGACAGAAACAACCUUGUUUGUCCACAGCCGCGUCACACGGGAUGAAAAAGUAGCCUCAGAAAUAAGCAUGUCCUGCCGCUGUCCUGUCAAUAGCGUGGCAGGCAGUCACAUCACAGGGUCAGGGGUCGUCUGACAGCGUCAGGGCCUGUCACACCAGCCGCCGGCUUCACCACCUGCAGGUUAAUGACUUUAUUUUUAGACAGAAACUGAAACAGAGAAGAAAAAGUGUCUUUGAUACAGCUACAGCUCAGGAUGUGAUGGAUGAUGAACAAAGAGAGCAGACGUGCCGGUGCUUCACUGUGGAGGGAACAGAUUUCAAACAUAUAGAUACUGUACAUGUGGAGCUUUUCCCCCCAAUCACUCUGGGUAAAUAAGCUCCUCCUUUCUUCCUUUUGAGUUCAAACACUGAUUUAGAUCCAGCUCUUCUGUUUUGGGGAGUCUCUAUUCCGGUUUGACAUUCAGUAGCACAGUUAAGUAUGUCAGGUUAACCUCUCCUGCUCUUGUUGUGACUGUAGUUUUUACUGUAGAUCUAUUGCUUUGUCUUCCUCACGCUCACGUGGUGAUAAUUCUAAGGCCAUCAUACUCGUCUGAACCCACUGAUCCCUGAACACUAUCUGUCUUUUUAGUGCGUCUAACUCCACUAUCUGUCCCCCUGCAGGUCUCAGCGCUAGGUUUGUCCUGUCUGACUGUGCUUGUGCGUCGAUGGGUGUGUGCGCGUCUAUUUGUACCUUUUGUAUGCGGGUGGGUGGUCCCCUGCAGCUGUGUCCGCCAGCCUUAUCUCAAGCACAGGACGGAGAGGGCCUCAGAGUCUGACGGGACGCUUGUGAAAUCUCACAGUUUGAAUGUGUGUGUGAAAGUCUCAGAGUGAGUGUAACUUUGCUGCUGCACGUCUUCUAGUGUUGUGUCGUUCAUGAACGAUUCGUUCAAAAGAACGGAACUGCUAAGUGGAAUCACUCCAAGACCUGAUUCGUUCUUUUCUUGGUUCACAUGAGCUCAGCCACAAGUGUAGUGUCGGUCGGGAGUGAAACUGUUGCUUUUGACUCUUUGGCGAAUGACACACAGCAAGCUAGCGAGCGAGUGGUCGAGCGGAGUCCCGUAAAUUGCUCACAGUGAAAGAACAACAUGUAUCAGACAGACUGUGAACGAAACAAACGACUUGAGGCAGGCAGAGGUUGGAGGGGCGUAGCGUCAUUCACGAACUGCAGAGCACCGGUUCGUUCACUGUGUAUUUAUUUUUAAUCUCUCCACUUUUCCGCGAUAUAAGAGAAUGAUGACUCGCACUUGUUUAGUGGGUGUGCUGCUUGCUGCUGUGUUGUUUCACUCGUGAUGCGAAUGUCGGCAUCACACAGAGAGGUGAGUUUUUCAGGGCAGGGGAGUGAUUCUUCCUUCACGACUUGGCGAAUGAAGGACAUGUGUUACCCAAUGAAUGAUGCUGACUUCAGCAGCACUGACUGAUUCGGUGAACGAAUCUUUGAACGAAUCAUUUGAAUGAACAGAUUCUCAAGAUUCAGUUCAGUCAAAAGAACUGUUCUUCCCAUCACUAACAUCUUGGUGAAUGUAUACUAAUAGCUUGUUGUUUCCCUCAGGGGGGUUGGUGUUCAAAAGCUCAUUGCCUCCUAAUAGCGGAAGUUAGCUGCACAUUUGAUCUUAGAUUCAAAUCCCACGACUUUUAAACGACGAUCAGAAGAUACGGGCCUCAUUCAUUUUUAAGAGAGUGUUAAUUCGGUUAUUAGAAUCACUUUAGGCUAUAUCCUUGUAUUGGCGUUCUUUGCACAAAAGCAUGCAGGCACCACCGGUAGGCUCGAUUGAACACACACCUUCAUCAUUUAUUCAGGGUUGCAUGCACACACGCACACACAUACUUUUACCUCCACUCCAUCCCCCAUGCCAAACUGACCCCCAACCCUCACCGCACACACAAACACCCCCGUGCACACUCACAUAUGCACACUCCUGUCCCAGGCACCCUUUACUUUUGCAGGCUGAAUCUCACUGAUAACAUGCUGGCGCCCUCAUUUAAAUUUGAAGCGCUUCUUUAAUCUUCAAAGGCCUGAUUGCUUUAUGAAUAUGCAUGGACCGAGCUGACUCUCAGUUCAUUACCUUGUUGUAAAUUCUAAUGACCAUUAGGGCCCUGCGCGGUAAUUGCCAAUUGUUUUGCAUUUUUGAUUAGCCCAUUACCGGAUCGCAUUCUGAACAUGUCUGCCCUGCCUGCCUGCCAGGCCACGGCAAGAAGAAGCAGAGGGAGGAGGAGGAAGAGUGGUGGGGGGAAAAAAAGAGAAAGAGCGUGCAGGGGAAAGGGGGUGUGAGGGCCAGAGAAACAAGGUUUAAGCAGCGUAAAUUUUGAUGCUCGGCCCAAAAUGUUGGAUUUGUUUAGGGAGGUUGGCCGGAAGGAGAGGAAAAAGCACAAUGCAAGAGAAUGUAGAACUGGAUGUUCCCUAAACAAGCGUGUUUCUGCUGAGCUUGAGUGCAAGAGCGUGUACCUGGGCUGCAUUUAUGUCAGCAUGUGUAUUUGUUGAUUGUGUGCGUGGACACGGCCCAACUGUGUGUACAUGUUCGAGUUCGCGUGCAGUUAAGUGAGUGGGAUGGGGUUGGGUGGUGUGCCGGGAGUGGUGGGGAGGUUCCUGUAGUGCAUCCCAACGCUCGCCGUGCCUGGGACUUAUGAAAGAUUGAUGGCUCCUUGCAGAAUGGCAUCACCCCGCUACAACUUGAUAACAUCUAAUGGAUAAUUUAGCGCUCUAAAACCGGCAGCUCGGACCCCUCCUCUCGAGCAGGCAGGAGAGGAUAGCAUCUGCUGGGCUUUUGGGGCUGCUGUGUGCCGGGAGGGACGUGAGGACAAGUAGAGAGGAGGAAGAAAGAGGGAGGAGGAAAGAUGAAGAUUGCGUGUGAGUGUUUGUGUGAGCAUGGCGUGAGUGCUGGUCCCUCUCCCAUGCCUCAAAAUGUGAUGUCACAUUUGUCAGUCAGGAAACUCUCCCGCUCUUUUCACCACAUGUAACCCGACUUGAAAAAACACAUAUCAGCAGUUUCUUUAAAGUCCCAUUUUGAUCAUUUUUUUUACCACUUUAAGUGUUCUCAGUGGUCUUUAAAUUGUGAUUCUGAAGUUUUUAGCCAAAAUCAUGUUACCUGGGGGAUUUUCAAGGGCUUUUCUUCUGCAGAGCUCCAGUAGCUCAUUAACAAUUCACCUCUGAGUCAUGGGCGGAGACAGCACUACUCUGCAAACUCCUCUUCAUGCUAGCUUGUAGCCUAACAUUGCCAGUGUAGUAGAAGUUAUGGUGACCAUAUGUGGUCUUUUACCCAGACAUGUCCACUUUUUUGGUGGCUGUCCGGCCUUGUCCAGGGGAGUUUGUAAAAUCCUUCAAAUGUCUGAGGUUUUGUAUGGAAGUUUUAAGUUUAAGUUUGUGACCCGAGAAACUUGCAGAAUUAACUAAGCACAACUCCAUGAAUCCGUCCCUGCAUAGUUGUAUCCUCUUUUUGGGGAUUCAGAAUAUGGUCACUCCAGUAGAAUUGGCAGGUAACAUGGGAGCUAUUCAACUCUCGAACACUAAUGACUUUGUGGAAAUGAUGAAAGUUAAUAUCAUAAUUAGCUUUCUUAUGAGCAUUUUCUGCUAAUGCACACGUUUGGUCUGCGAUUGUCUUCUUUACUUUUCUGAGUGUGACCUGCAUAGCGGGGUUCCAGGGGCGGAGCUUGAAAUUGUGACAUAGGAAAUCUCACUGUAUCUGAACCUGCUGUUUGGAUCUGCCAGAGAUUCACAUUCAUUUUGAAUGCAGAGAUACUCAGAAUUUCAAUUUUGCACUUGGUUUUCGCAUGAUAUGUCCUGUAGCAUCAGAAAAAUGCCAUAUGAACAUGUAGACAACAAGACAAACAUGAUUUUCAUCGGAGUGGGUCUUUCAGUAUGAUGUCUAAAAGUUUCAAACCAGUUCAAUCAGACUUGUGUUGUCGUUUCCUCCUUGCAGAUAAUUUAACAUGAUAAGUAAAAAGUGAUGCGCAGGAGCCGCACCACUCUGAAAAACACCUGCCACAGAGAAUUUCCACUCAGCAGGCGUGUUCUUGUACGUCCAAAAAGGUUACCUACAUAACCGUACCCAUAAAUGUUGCACGACCCACGUAUGAAACAAGCCUCUGCCUUUUGCGCAGCAUUUAUAAUCUCUGUAGUGUUUACACGCAGCUACUAGGCCGACUGUCAGUCUCUUAUUCCCAGACUAUUAAGCUGUUGACAGUUUGGUUAAUCGUCCCGCAGUUUGACUUCAGGGGAACUGGAGAGGGGUCAGCGGAGUCCGUCUCCGAGGUGUGGAAAGUAAGUGGCCUGGGCGUGCUCGUUGUUCUUCGCCCUGUGGCGUGCCUUCAUGUCAUGAGUUUGUCUCGUUUUAACAGGACAGAGAGGGGGGGUGCUUGGUAGAGGAGGAGGAGGAGGAGGAAGAAGAGGAGGAGGAGGAGGGGGGUGUCUGUCUUUGCUCUGGUCUUAGAGGGGCCAGGAGGGGCCACUAACACAAUGAGGAGAUUGUCCAGCUCUGGAUUAGCUAUAGCAACUAGCUAGUCUGUGUGAAGAGUCUUAGUGGUGAAUGUCCAGCUUUUGUAUGUUCACAUUCACACACAUGCAUUCAGACGCAGGGAGAUGCAGCAGCAGCAACAGCAGAGCCCGCUAUGGCCAGAGGAGUCUCAGGCAGACAGCAUGAUAGAUGGCUUUGUUAAAGGGUCCCUGGGUGUCCCCUGAACUUGAAGCACUCUGUUUAUCUUGAAUAGGAGCAGCACAGAGUGUUGGGGGGCAGCGGGCAGGAGGAGGAGGAGGAGGAGGAGAAAGGGAAUGAUAUAGCUUUCAGGGGAAGGGAGAGAAAGGGAGUAAAGGAGGAGGGAGAGGGAGAGGGAGAGUGAGGGCCUGUAUCUGGGCAGGCCUGGCUGGGGGUUGGGGAGGUUAAGGGGGGGUCGUGAGCAGGCAUGGCUGCUGGAGAGACGGAGCAGUGUGGAGGGAAAGUGGGGGGAUGGGGCGGCUCUCCUCGUAGCUGUCCAUUAACAGAUGAACUUGGCAGUGGUCCAGGCCUCAAAGGUCUUGGGAGACACACACAUGCACACACACACACAGACACGCACACACACGCACACACACAUGGAUGCACACCUCCCUGGUACCUGCUUCCUCUGGAUGGAAUGCCACCGUGGUUCUUUUCUGUCCGGAGGCGAAAGAGGACACGUCUCUGGUUCACCUAUGUCAGAACCAGUUCAGACCGGUUAGGCCGAAGGAGGCGUCGGACAGGCCCUCCUCUCCGUCUCUCUGUCUCUCCCUCUCCUCUUGUCCUCCUCCUCUGUUUCCCGGCUUUAGAGGAGGAAACAGAGAGAACCUCUAACCUGAGGGCACAGGACAAUACAGAGGAGAGAAAAAAGAAGCGAGGGAGCGUGGGAACAAAGUGAGAGACGAAUGGAUCUGCUCGUAAACAGGGUGGGAAGAGGAGGGAAAAGUGUUUGGUUGUUGUUGGUGUUCUCCUCUUGAUGAGGCAACAUGAGCUUAACACCAGCGCGGCUAUUGUGUACUGAAAACAUUACAGCAAACAUGAGAGCUCUGAAAACAGGGAGGAAGAAUUUGAUAUGGAAGAUGUACAUAAUAGACUCUUGUGCCGUGUGGGCGAGAAACCUCCUAUUUGUGUCAGCUUUACAUGCGUGCACACAUCAGGCUCCAUCUAUCAUACACGUCCACAUGUGUCUGUGAUGGAAAUCGUGUCUGUGAACGUGUUUGCGUCCGUGUUUUGCCAUAAAAUAUGGACGCAGCUCCUCUCCUAAUUACGACUCGGAUGCGUCCCUUGAGUUUUGAGAGCAGGCUGUUCACCGCGCCUCUUCAGACGCUCUCAGCUCGCACACACAUAAACCUGCCUCGAGACAGCAGAUCAAAAAGCUCUGUCACAUCAUGAACAUCUAAGGAAUUCAAGGAACUGAGUGUUUGUCGCUGCAGGAUUGUGGAAAUUCUUCAUUUCAGACCUUGUUAUAGCCGCGGCUAUCAAAUCCUGUCGUUUUAAGUAAGAGUUAUACGUCUGAUUUGAAUGUUUAUAGAUAAAGUUAAAGAGGAAAAACAUGAUCGUGAUGUCGAGGUGAGAAAAAAUAAAUGAAAAAGUCAAAGAACUGGGUUAUUGAUGGUAUGUACGUGUAGAAAAAGGGUGUGCGAAGUGUCGGAUUUCAAACUGGUGUCUUUUUCUAUAUCGGUCAUUCUAGCGCUGGCUUUUUCCCACCUGCAUGUCGGGCGUUUUGCUCUUUGAUUUGACAAAUGGACAGAGGUUAAUUCUUACAGUAUCAAAUAUCCUCAUCUUCAUUUCCUUUAUUUAAUUGACAAUGUGAUAUUUGUCACUAUUUACACACUAAAUCAGGCUGGUGAAGGAAAUCUGUCUCCUAGGCUUGUUAAUCUAUUUUACAAGAAUAAACCUGAUUACAAUGAGAAAAAAAGCAAAAGAGCAACAGACAUUUGCCAUUCUCUACGGAGGCCUUGAAGGUGCAAAACACAACGGCAAAUCAGAAAACACAACGGCAGAGCAGAAAACACAACACAAAAAGAGAAAAGAUGACAACAUAAGAGAAAACAUGACGACGAAAGAGAAAACACAACAGCAAAUCAGAAAACACAACAACAUUAAAAGAGAAAAGACAUUACAUUAAAAAAAAAAACACAAAAAGAGAAAAGACAACAGCAAAUCAGAAAACACAACAGCAGAUCAAAAAACACAAAAACAAACCAAAACAGAAAACACAACGGCAAAUCAGAAAACUGACAGAAAAAAUGACGACAAAAGAGAAAACACAAUGGUCAAUGUUGUUGUGUUUCCCUUUUGUCGUUACGUUUUCCCUUUUUGUGUUUUCUGAUUUGUCGUUGUAGUUUCUCUAUUUGCGUUUUGUUUGUUUUUCAUUUGCCCUUGUGUUUUCUAUUCUGUUUUUGUGUAUUAUGAUUUGGUGUUGUGUUUUCUCCUUUGUCGUUGUGUUUUUUUUUAUGCUGUUGUGUUUUGCACCUCAGGGCCACUGUAGUUUCCUAUUUUUUAAAAGUUUGAACUUGUCAGGUAAAACUUUUACAGAAAGAAAUGAUCUUAUACUAAAAGUCUUUCCAACCCUAACUGAACCCACAACCAAAGGAUUAACUAGAUGUCCAAGUACACCAUGAUCAUCUGGUUGUGGUGCAUCGUGGGUAUUGUCUUUGGGGGCCUCACGCCCACAUAUGAUGCUGAAUCUAACGACAGUCGUGAUGCAUCUUGUGCCAAUUGAUGGAGUGAGUUUUUAUGUAUAAAUUCAUCACAUGCACGCUGCAGGGCAAACAUGGAUAAUGUAUGUUUGCGUGUCUGUGGGUGCAUGUGUUUAUGUGUGUGUCUCCAUGUAAAUGCAUGCAAUCCCAUUUGCAUGUAUUUCACACAUGCUCACAUUAAUUUGUGAUGUAUAAAGAAGGUUCUUCUUUUCAUCUCCUCUUUUCUUCCAGCCUUCUUCCAGCUCUUGCUCUGUUUCUCUGAAACACGCUUUUUCUUUUCCAAAACUCCUGCAUGGCUACUUUAGAGCCCAAGCCAACCAAAUAUCGUGUGUGUGUGCGUGUGUGAGUGUGUGUGCGUGUGUGUGUGUGUGAUGAUGGCUGUUUUUAUAAUGCCCCCCCUCCUGCAAAUUUGCAUAUGUAUAUGUGCAGAUUGUAUGAGAAGAGCUCUCACACUUGGAGCAGUUGGACGGGGAGGGCGACGGGGGCCGUUGCAGGGGUUGUGUGUAUGGUUUAUGUGUGUGUGCUGAAGGGGGGUCGUGUUGUCGCUUUCACCCCCCCCCCCAGACAAAGCCGGCCACUACUCCCAGAUGGUAGUCUGCUCUCUUCGGCCAUGUGUCUGGUGUGUAUGCGUGUGAGUGUAUUUAUGGAUGGAGAGCAAUACAAAGAUGGAGAAAGGAAGGGAGGGGAGAAUAUAAAAGUGCAGGAUGCAAGUGGAGGAUGCUAAUUGUGCAACACACGGUGUCCAGGUGUGCGUAUGCAUCGACAUGGGAAUGGAGACCCUGUAGAGUCGGCGGUGUCGUCUUUACCUGAUCAGAAAACAUAAUGACGGAUGACGAAAGAGGAAAUGAGAGGUGAUGAAGGGUUUAAAGAUGAACUGACAGACGAAAAAUAUGGGGGGAAGGGAAGUAGGGGUCGACGUGAGGUGAGGUUUGGGGAUUUUUUUGUGUCUGAGCAGAGAUGACCUAGAGAUGCCCAUGGACGUCUGGCUAAUGGGGUCAGCAUUAAAGACCGGGCGUCAGGAUUAUGUUUAAUUUAACUGUCUGCCGGACAGUGACACAAUGAGUAAGGUAGAGAAAACAAGACGUGAAGUGAGCUGCUCUUAGAUCAAAUCUAGAAAUCAAGAAAUAGGAUGCACUUUGACGUCUCAAAACUUUCUAUUUCGGUGACAUAAUUCGCACCGAGACCUAAAGGGUAAACAUCUGCAUCUUAGGAAAUAGUUGCGUUUAAAAAAGCUCAGAUAUUCAAUGAGGAAUCUCGCCCAAAGGCUGUGUCUAAAUCCUGGUAUCUCCCUGGAGCCAUGUGUUAAAACAGGCCUGCAGUCCUGUUAAGAGGGGGGCUAUCUAUCGCUUGGACAGACUCCAGCCUCUCUGACCUUGAUGUUUGUUUUCCUUGUAUCCCCAGACAUAAACAAGGCGCUUGCAUCCAGACGCACAGACAGACAGACAGACAGGAAGUUAUCCUCUCUGAUGUCUUUCUCUUGCAUCUGGCUCCUCCGUGGACACAGUGCAGAUGUAGCGGGGUCUGAAACUGUGUGUAUAAGCUCAAAGUUAUGUGAACGUAAAUGGUGUGAAAAUUUCUCAGUGUACAUUUCUCCGCCCCCUCUGGCCCUUUACCUCUCUUCUACCUGUCAGACUGGUUCUCUCUCUCUUUCUCUCUCUCUCUCUUUCAUUAAAGCAAAGCCCCUCUCCUUUUUCUUGACCAAGUAGUAUUUCGUUAUCAGACAAGAAACCAGACUCCCUUAUGACAACCCUUUACCCCAUAGUUCAAAGUGCCAAGAUAACCAUUGUCUAUUUAUACCUUUAUUGAGGCAGGCCCUGUUCUGCCAGCGAGCGGUCUGGCAGCGAAUGCUUUCCAUGCUGGACAUGCCCUGUUCUCCCCAGGCUCUGGUACUGAGGUAGUCUGCCAAGUCGCAGGGCCAGAUUGCCUGUAAUAGGCCUGCCAUUUCCCUCUCAUCAUCUGUCAGCACUCUGGAUCCAACUGCAGGGUCCAAAGAGGACUACCACUCUCCAAUUAAAAAGGUUAAUUUGCCCUCGCCCAUCUCUUCCACCUCCCCCCCUUUACAGCUUGCUAUGUCUUCAUUAGCACUCAUUUGCGCGUCUGUGUUUCCGUCCUUUCAGAAUUCUCUGUUUCUUUUCCUGUCCUUGUUCCUUCAGUAAACACUGCUGUACAUGAGAAAGGUAGGAGUUAGCAUCUUUUGUCGUGAGACAGCAGGAUUUUGCAUGACUGCUCUCAAAAGUCUGAGUGUGACAUCUAUCAAACAGAGAAAGAUGGAUUUAAAACACACAGUUGGGUAUUUAAGAGCUGAAAAAAGUGUGUUAUAACUUCUCAAAAGUUUGUAAGCAGCUAACAGCAGAACAGUAAAUGAACCCUGACGUGACCUUUGACCCACUGCAGAGAAACUGAAGCAUUAUGUCCACUCUGAUGUCUAUAUGUAUUAAGCUAAGGUAGGCUGACCAUAUGUCCUCUUCUACCCAGACAUGUCAUCUUUUUUGGGGGCUGUCUGGCCUUGUUUGGGGGAGUUUAUGAAGUCCUUUUGUAUGAAAGUUUUAAGUUUUUGUCGUGUGGACUUACUGCGCUGAAAAGACAAUCAACCUGACCCGAAAAACUCUCAAAAUUUACUAAACGUGACUGUCCCUGUGUAAUCAUGUCCUCUUUUUGGUGAUUCAGAAUAUGGUUAGACUAGCUAAGGAUAGUGAAAGACUUAAAGAACUUUUAGAUACCAAUUAGAUCAUUUUUUAUGAAGGAAACAAUCCGUUUUAUGAUCUAAAUAAACAACACGACUAUAUUUCUGUUUAUUUAUCCCCAUAGUGAUCAUAUGAGAGAUAGAUGGAUCUUUUUUUCCUUGUCAGACUCACAUGUGGGUUCACCAUCUUUGUUUUUACACUCUGGACUGGACUAAUAUAUCUCAGCUGUUUGACAGAGGCUUGAAGUGGACGCUGCAUUGAUGACUGUUUUUGUUAGUAAAAGCAUCAAAACUCAGUCUCAGUUUUUGGUGGACUGGUUUUGUGCUCACUUGCUUUUCAGAGAAACAGCACAGUCUGUUACGAUGAUUCAGACGAUCCCACUUUUUUUUGCAUUUUGAAGACUAAAACCUGUCGUGUAUUUGGGUCAGUACGAUAUUUCCCUCAGGGUGAUGGUGUCAUUCAGUCACUUUGUUCCUCAGGUAUUACAAGAUGUGUCACUCUGUGGUAAACUACCACUUCACAUACAGUUUUUACUUUGAACUCAACGUGCUGCGGGUAGCAAAAACCCCCUUGACAUCUGAGUUAUUCUAAGAAUCCUGUUAAUAAGAAAAAAAUAGGAGAAAAACCUGCAUGCUGUGCAGGACCGGUCGAGCUGAAACUGCUCCCAUGUAAAUAAAUGGAGGCCACACUUCAUUGUAAUAACCCUCACACUCUGUCGUCAGUCUCUUGAGCCUGUAGCUGAACCUGAGAAGAUGAACUGUAUCCGAGUGAGACCUGCUCCUGCGGGACACAUAUUGUAUUCUCCAGCUUCCUUUUGUCAUCUACGUUCUGAGGGAGCAGAGGACUCGCUCGGACAGAAACCUCCCUGUGUAUCUCUGCUCUGGCCUUCCCUCGCUCCUCUCUGUUCCUUCUCCCUCCCCCCCAUCCCCCAAGUCCUCCUCUCUCCUUCCAUCUUAUUAUCUGAGGGGUCGAAAGGAAAGGGGCCCCUUGCAUCUCUUCCUCGUCUGUUCCUCUUCUUCUUGCCUUGAGCUAUAGUAGAGGAAUCAAACAGCAGAAUACAUCCCCUCUCUCCCGACCUCCAGCCCCCCUUUCCUCCCCUCAGUUUAUCAGAAUAAAAUGUGUGUGGACGUACGUGGCCGUGUCACUUUGUGGACUAAGAGCCUAUAGGAAGGAAGCUGCUCUCUGUCAGGGACUGCUGCUGUCAGAUUCCUCUGUACAUGUCAGGCUAACUCACCCGGCAACGUAGUGGGGCUUCUUCUGUGUUUACCUUUGUUUAUCAAGGUCUUUGGAGCAGGAUAUUGAGUGGGCAGUCGAGAUAAAGCAGAUGUUUUUAAAGGGAUAAUGCUGGAAUUUCAACAUUUUGCUCAUUUUGUGUCAGCUCCUUUAAUUAUGACUUAUGACCCUGGAAGUGGAUGGUUUCAGAUUUCAGUAAAAAUUGUUGUCUUGUCUUUUUCCAGGAUCUACUGAGUGAAAAUUACAGAAGAUGAGAACGGCUAUGAAUUUUUUUCAAGCACUGUUAUCUCGUCGUAAUGACUUAUCUCAAUAUCUCAAUAUAACAAAGUUCAUUUUGUAGUGAUAACCAAUUAUUUUGUUUCGUUAUCUUGACAUAACAAAGAUAUCAUUUUUUCGUGAUUAUGACUUAUCUCAUUAUCUCGAUAUAACAAAGUUCUUUUUCUUGCGAUAACGAAUUCUUUUAUUUUAUCUUUACGUAACAGAGAUCAUCUUUUCGUGAUAAUGACUUAUCUCAUUAUCUCGAUAGAACAAGUCCAUUUUCUAGUGAUAACGAAUUAUUUUAUCUCACUAUCUUGACAUAACAAAUAUCAGUUUUUCAUGACAAUGACUCAUCUCAUUAUCGCGAUAUAACAAUGUUUGUUUUCUCAUGAUAACGAAUUCUUUUAUUUCAUUAUCUUGACAUAACAGAGAUCAUCUUUUUGCAAUAAUGGAAUCAGUGUUUUGGCUGACCUCAACGGUAACUUUUAAAAAACGCCCCCAGAUUGGGAUAUUUCUAAAAUGCCACCAUCCUUAACAGCACGCCAGGAUUUUAAAUGAAGACACUCUGCGCAUACACAUCACACUUUUAACGUGGGGACAUUUAACUGUCAUUGUUACUGUUGUUGUCCAAUUCGCACAUGACGCUUCUGUUUUCAAAAGUUACCGUUGAGGUCGGCUAAAACACAAUUUACACUAUCACGAAAAAACGAUCUUCGUCAUGUCGAGACAAUGAGAUUAUAAGUCGUUAUCACGAGAUAAUAGUGCAUAAAGAAAAGAAAAAUCCAUGUCUGUUCUCGUCUUCCCUAGAAAAUAAUUCUUAUAAAGCCCAUUUAAAUCAGAGGCAGUAAGACAAAGUUAAUGUUUGCAUGAAAUAGGACUAUAACCUGAGAAGGAUUUAGAUUUUUUUAUGAGGAGUGUGUUUUGAAAUGAAAGAAACAGCUUAAGAAAUGCACUUUAUUUAAUCAAUUUGUCUGAGAGUGCGCAACUGAUGCAAAUGAGCUGAGAAUAUAUGCUCAGUCCUACAAUUACUUUACCUUAAUAAAUCAGCCAUAGCAGCUGCGUUGUCAUCUGCUGUUAAGCAUAGUGGCAUACUAAAUGAAAUUGGGGGUCACUCUCUGUAGUUUUAGCGAUUAACAUAAGCUAAUGACUUGGAAGGAUGAACAGGAGGUGGAGAUAAAUAAGAGAGAGAAGGAGGGGAAAAGGGGGAUGCUGUGUGGCUCUCUCACCCGCCAUUAAGGGCCUGUCCCUGGACUUGAAGAGCAGGCCAGUUUCCCAUGCACCGGUGGCACAGGCUGGCCCUCUUUGGUUACACAAAAUGUCUGCCUGUACGGCCACAGAGAGAGAUAUUAUUAGUGUUAUUUUGCCUCAGAUAUCUGAGAGCAUGGUGCUUUUAGGCGCCCUUGUUUGAGUGGCUGACAGACUCUUGAGUUUCUGCAGCAGAUUAAAUGAAAUUUUAGCAGCUUUUUCUUGGGGCCAGGCCAUAAAACCACACAAAGGAAGCAGCUGCCACUAAUGUAAUCUAGAACGGGGUACUGCAGUGUAAAGCUGUCCACCACUCUUUUGUUUUUUCCCUUCUUCUGCUCUCCACAGCUUUUUACGCCAUUCUUGACACCCUUCAACUACACCCCUUUCUCUUCAGAUAAUAUCCUUGUUCUUUCACUGCCUUUAAUUCCUCCUUUCAUCAGCUUCCCCUCUGUGUACCGCGAGGUGAUGAAAUCGGACGAGAGCAAUAAAGGCAACAUGUUUUAAGAGCAAACAUCUUUUUUUAUGCCUUUAUAUAUCCAUAUACAGCUGUGUCAAAGGUACAAGAGAUAGCUGUCUGGUCGUGUCCGCAGCUGAGGUUGUCUGCAGGCCUGAACCGUAUAAGCUCAACAUGUGUGGAAUGAGCGUAUAGGAUCUUUACAGUUUGACCUUGUGCAAACCUACAAAGUUCAGUUCUCGGAAUGCAACACCAGCAGUCCGCUGGGGUCGAUGCCCCCUCGACCCUGCGUCACUCAAAGGUUGUCAGCCCCUCUCAAAAUGACAGGGUGGAUCUUGAGAACCUGACUGCAUGUUGGCAGGGAGUGGAGUUACAUUCCUGUCAGGGCUGUCAUUGUAUAAGUGACACGAACGAGAGAGAAAGAGAGAGAAAGAAAAAAGAGGGGAAGGCGCGAGGGAACGAGAAAAACCGCAGGGGCGCGCAGGCAUUCCUGAUAAUGAAAGCUGUUUGUUAAUUACGUUUCUUUAUUAUUUGUAGUUGACAUUUGCAUCGGCACAGCAAAUUUGAGCGUGUUGGCGACGCUUUGAGACUCCUCUGUUGGCCUCUGUAAAUGAAGUUUUAUAGUCUGUUAGAGAAGCAAUGGCACAAACAUCUGGCCAAUAAAUCUCAGGUGGUGCUGCAGAGUGUUGCUGGAGAAACCCGCUCCACCAUCCCCUGAUCAGUCAUUAAUCCAAAUUUCUGCACUUCCACACUGGAUUAUUUAUAUACGCUUGGUUAGCUGGUGAGCUUUGCAGCAGGGCAGGCAUUGCUGUGCUGUUAAAUGCAUAAGUGAACGAACCACAAUGCGCUUUUACGAAAUGGCUUAAACAUACUUCUGAUGAUCCGAAUGGACACGAUAUGAUCUAAUGAGCGUAAAUGUCUACCUGCGUCGUGUCUUUGCAUAUGAUACGUGUUAACGUGCGUCUUGCCGCUGCCUGUUGAGGAAUGUCUGAGAGUUCAUGGACUGUGUGCAGAAACGACGGCUUAAAGGUGGACUCAAUGUGCCGUUCAACCAGUCAGUCAGUCAGUCUGUCAGUCUGUACAUGCAUGUGUCCUGUCCUGCAGCUGUCUGAGAAUAAAUCCUUCUGUCACCGAAGCACACAAACUUUCUCCGCACAGAUCCUCUUCAUCACCUCUUUCCCCAGGUCUAAACGCUCAUUUUCAAAGGCGUGUUUUACUCGCCAUUUUUCUGGCGAUUUACCACAACUGUUACUUAUUCACCGGAGAAGUUUGUACCUGAUACUGCUGUCCUCCUUCUCUGUCUCCAGUCUUUAUCGGUCUGUCUCUUAUUGACUCUGUCUGUCUUAUCAUUUUGCCUCCUUUUAGCCUUCCUUCCUAUAGAGUCCCAUAAAAAUACGAGAGAACUUUUUUCAGGGCAACUCCAUAUGCGUGCAUGCAACACACAUGCACACUCGCUCACUUACCCACCAGCAUCCCACAUGUUUACUUAAACCUGAUGACCCAAUAGAAAUAGCUCUUGCGCCCCCCCCUUUCUCCUUUGCCACCCUCCUUCUCUGCUCCUCUGCUCCACCCUCGCUCCCUUCCCUCCCCGGGGUAAGUUGCUAUAGCCCUCCUUAUAAACACAGUGAUCUAUAGGAGCCCUAGACCCAGACAGAUUUUUGGCAUGGCUGUGCAGGUAGCAUUCCAGCACGGUUUGAGAUCUUAGGGCCCUAGCCUCGUUAAAAGUCUGAUUUAUGCUCUACAGCUGGGCACAAAGGAACCUACAGGUUGGCUAACUUAAUUAAUAUCAUCUCGCUACUGCUUGGACCUAUGCAUGUUGCUGACACACCUCAGGGGAGAAUAAGCGGAAGGGUCCACAUGCUGUAUUUUUAAGAGGCCAGUGAUAGCGUGUAUGUGUGUGUGUGUGUGCGCACACAGGAUGAGACAGCUGUGUUUAACAUGAUCCCAAAUUAUUCUUAUAAAAGCUUACAGCACAACAGAGUUUAAGGUGUUAGUGGUGUUAUGAGGCAGAUUUUGUAGACGGAGGGGUACAGCUCGGAGGUACCAUCUUGGGUCUAUUGUCCACCAUUUUAACAGCCCCUCUUGCAUUGUUUUAGUGGCUGAUCAGACCAUAUGUCUUCAAUUAGUAGGCAGGAAUCUGGUACGGCAAGCCUCGGAGAUGAGGAAUUGUGUAGAGCGUGGCCCGCUCUUGCCAAGCAUAUGGCCCAUCCGUCUUCCAGACUGUUAUCGAUGGUAAAUGUUACAUGCUCUGUAGGUAUUAACUACUUUCUUUUACUUUUUUAACCCUCACAGUCCCGUCUUUGACAUGCAGACUACACUCUUAUGUCAGAGGAAGGAAGCGGACGGUGCGACCUUGACUUGUUUGAUUUUGCGAUCAUUUAUUUAGAGCAUUUAUUCAGAACAACAUGACAGAGAGGUGUGUCCCUGGUUGGUACCGAGCCUGUAGAGCUGUCCUGGCAAAUUUAUUGUCAAGUUCUUGCAUCAGGCGGACGAGCACUUAAGGAAGCAUUUGUAGGUCACUUUGGAUAUCUGACCACUUCCUCGCUGCGCCGUGUCUCUUCCUGCUUCUGUCACGAUGUCCUGAAGGGCUUGAAUUAGGGCCGAACAGGAGGCCAUUUUGCAAUUUUAAUCAGGGUUUGGAAAGUGUUUGGGUGGAGAAGAGGCCCAGCACUGUUUUCUCCUCAAUGAAUUAAUAAUGAAGCAGGGAACAGAGGGUUGGAUGCGAGGAUGGUGGUGGGUGGGGGCACUGAGGUCUCACUGUGAGUGGCCGUGUCCUUAUUACAGGAUCAGGGAACUUUAAGUCGGAGACUACGUUUACGUGUGCCCGAAUCAAAACUGCGUGCACACCACUACGUUUUCAGAAAAGUUUAACCUGCCAAACCUGUAGGUGGCAGUGUAGCGAGAAGCUCAAGCCCACGUUAGCCAAUCAGAAUCCCAACUAGCAACAACAACAACAACAACAACCUAACUUCCUUCUUUUGGAAAAGAUGCAAAUGCAAACAAAUACAAAGGGAUUGCAUCAGCAUAAAUGCGACCGCUACUCUGCAUGCAUCCAUGAUCACCGUAGAUUGUAAACAACGUCGCAUUUAAGUCAGUUUCCGGCGCACAAUCUGCUGUCGGCAACCCAAAUCUCAGUUUACAUGUGAAUGGAGUUUUCCAAAAUCUCCACUCUGGUCGGAGUUUUCUGGUGAAUUCUCUGUUUGCGUCAAAACAAAGGAUGCAAACGAUGGUUAAUGUCUCCACUUUUAAUAACCGGGUAUGUCUAAAUGGGGCCUGAGACUUUAUGAGUUAGGACAUUGCGAUGAAUUUCGCGGAGCACAAUGAGGAUUUGUGAUACAUGGCCAACAUAAAGAAGUGUACUGAACUUGUGAUAGAAUCGGUUUUACGUCCAGACUCCAGCUCUGAGGUCAGCGCUUGUUCACGCUUAUCUCCUCUGACUUCCAGCUCCUCUGUUUCUUAGAAAAACGAAUUUGCAGACUACAUCUGACCCUGAGAUACCCCUCGAUCUAAAGAGUCUGGCUAUUGAUGCUUCCUUAACCACUCGACCACCGUGUGCACAGUCACACACAGCAGAUGGGACGCGUGUUAAACCCUCAGCCUCCACAGCUCCGGGCCACGGGACACUCCAACACACUGGCCCUCUUGUUUUAAAGUGCCAUGUCCCUCCACAAUGCCUCCAGGCUCCUGUGCAUAACGAGCUGCUAUGGUUGGCCCAAGCUCACAUGCCCUGGUCCUUUCACCCUGAGGUGGUAGGACAGGGUGAAAAAUAACUGCAUGUCUCAAACGGUCCUUGUUCACUGGUGUCUAAAGGACGGCCGAUGCUCCUUGGAGUUUCUGUGAGCAUCUUCAAGAACAAAAACCGGAGGUCGACCUCAGCGGUAACUUUUUUUAAAAUCCUAACACUUCCCCUCUUUUACUUGAGCCCCAAGGCAAGGAAAUGUGGUAUUUCACAGAUGAUUCAAGAGCAUGUGGAAAUCCAAACUUGCUUUUGGUGUCACCACUUUGAGAUCAAAGUAAUUUUUGAGUUUUACUCUCUUUAGUGAUCCUUUACGAUUGUUUUAUGUGCUGCAGCUUUACUGAACAGAUUGUUUUAUUGACAGGACACUUUGGCAAAGGUGAUAGAGGAAAAAAAAACACUUACGCACAGAGAUUAAACUGGGCCAGAGCUCCGCCUCCUCACCUUGUUAGUACAUCCAGCAGGUGCUGAACUCCGUCUGCUUCAGUUUUUCAUUGUAAUCAUGAAUGUAGCUACCAAAAAUCAUUUAUUCAGAUCCCCAUCAAAACAUCAGCCUGUUCACUCAGAGCUUCAUUACUGAAUUCAUUCCGUUCGUUUAUUAAGAUAAAACCUGAACCAAUAAACCUCCAGUCCAUGUUUCACCGCUACCAGCAUCUUCUCGCAUACCGCGCAAGCGCACGCACACACACAAACGGUGCUGCUGACGCAUAAAAACGUUAACUUUGUUAAUUUACUGAAACCAAAUAUGUGUAAAUUUCACCUUUAUAUUUCUGUGAUAACAUCUCUACAGAGCUAAGCUAAUGCCAUGUUAGCAAAUUGAGAAAAGACCAGGAGAGUUUUCAUUUGAUUUACCGCCCUUCUCAUUAGCUAACCGUUGACAAGCUAAUGCUAAGUUAGUGUUUCUGCCAAAGUCUGUAACUAAACAAAAAAAAGUGUUACAUUGAGUUCCCCACCCACCCACCCUCCACCAUAGCCUUCUGAAACCUAUGGGAAACACAGCAAAUAGGGCUCCACCUCCAUACAAAAGCCAAUUUAACCACUUCACAGUUGACAGAUGGAGAGAUUUAGGAUCUAAAUCAUGAUGAGGCAUUUUUCGUGGUUGAGGUUGUGCCUCUUUUUUAGAAAGAACAAAAACGUACAGUUAAUAUUUGCAUGUGUGUGUUUUAGGCCAAAGGUAGGGAAUUUAAGAGGUGUGUGUCACUGUAAAAAAAAAAGCAGCCCCACUUUAACCUCUCUCAGCGCUGUCAUCAGAGCGUGGUCAGGAAAUAGCGUGAUGGAAGGAGGAGGAACAAAGGAGCAUGCAGGCUGCAUAAGGGACCGGGAGCAAGAAGAAGAGGGAAUGACUCUAUCCUCCAGACAGACUGGAGUGUUUGCGCAGACAGACUCCGUGUGUGUGUGUGUGUGUGUGUGUGUGUGUGUGUGUGUGUAAGAAAGAGAGAGAGAGUUAAAGAGGAAGAGUUUAAGUGUGUGUGCGACUACCUCGUCCAGCUCUGACUGCAGGUUUGUGCCUGUAAAUCAGACAAAGUCUCGAACUUCAACUGCCCACUUCCCCCCCUCUCUUUUUUCCUUCAUUUCUCUAUCUCCCUCCUCUCUCUCUAUCUCUCUUUCACCCUUUUUUCCUCGUAUCACUCUGUUUUGCUCCCGUCUCUUUCAUGCAGCAUAGUUGACUCACAAGUACCACCUAACCUCGUUUUUGUCUCGUCCUUCUUAUGAUUAUUUGUGCGUUUGUACUCUCUCUGCAUUAUUUAUGGCUCUUCCUGUGUUCAUGCUCUACCUGCGCAUGUACGUUCAUAAGCACGUCUGCUUAUUUAUUCCAAGUGAAGAACAAAAACAGGUUAACAGCGGGAUGAAACACACGAUAAGAUCACAAUUUGCUAAAAAUAUCAGGUCUUUGCGUGUCGGUUUUUGAUACAGAUGAUAUUAAAGAUGACAGGCGAGACACAUGAGCUGUGAACCUGAAAGUUUUUGAAGAACUCUUACUGCGAGAUCAUUUUUGAAGUUCUUCCUUUGUGCGUUUUGUCGACUCUCCGUUUGCUUUGAUUUCUUUAACUCUGUUUUUGUUCAGUUCAGCGUCGCUGUUGUAGUUUGUUUUAUUGUAGAUUUCUCUGACAGCACAACAGCUGAUGUGGCGGUUUCUUAUUCAGUCAUGAGUCGAGCUGUUAUAGAUCAGGUUUUCGAUUUGUGGAGAGAUGUGGUUUCAGGGUUUUCUCUUGAUAUCCAUGUUUUUUUUUCUGUGUGUGCUGUCCUGUCCAGCUCCCCUCAUGUCUAAGAAGACUGAGAAGGGAGGAGGAGGCUGUGAGGUCAGAUACAGGGCCCUGUAUGCUCCGGUGAAGCCGAAUCGCGUCCUGGCAAAUGGUAUGCAGGCUCAUAACGCGCUCCACUCGUCCAAUAGCCAGAGACGAAAGAGUUUUGACAGUGUCGAAUGCCCUGCCCCGGGGGCCUUAUCAUCCUCUGCUGCUUGCCUGCCUGCCUCCCUCCCCUGUUUCUCUUCUCCUGAUGCUAUCUAUCUGGAGAUUUAUGCAGAAAUGUGCAGCUAGUCGACCUCCCCGGUCCCCCCUCCAUCCUUUCUGCAGGGACGCCAGGCUGUCACAGGCUGAGCUAUGCGGAGAUAGUGAAGCUCAGGCUGCUGGCCUCAUGUCUUGCAGAGGCUUUCUUGUCUAUGCACUUCAAACAGGGAUGAUGCUUGUAAGGAGAGACAGCGGGCGAUCUCAUAUGAAUGUCUUUAGAAAGUAGAGAAAGCAAAAACGUCUGCGCUGUUGUGUCUCGCUGGGUUUGCUUUAACGCCGUUAAAUUCGUCAUUAGCCUAUUUCUUCUUCUUCUUUUCCCUUCAGCUGCAGAUUAUUGAGACGUUACUUUCCUCUGACAGAAUACUUUUCACAUUUCCCCUCUGAAGUGCUCAGAGACUCCUCGCCCAUCUGGGAUAUUGCCGGAGUCCAAAAAUACUCCUGCUUGAUUAAGUCUUCUUAUGUACCUGGAUAUGUGUGCUUAAACUGACACUUGGCGGUUUGCAGUAUCUUUGAUUCCUCUCCUUUAUGUAAUACCUUCUCCAUUGAGCGUCAGCUUUUGUUGACGGAGGUUUGAUCCCGUGAAGCGGAUCCCGACUCAAUAAAUAAUCUCUGCGGAUGCUUACAUAAGCUAUGGUCCAUUUAAUUAGACUGGUUAAGCUUAGAAGCCCAGAGGUCUUUUCACUGUACCAUUAGAGCUGGGAUGAGAAACAACAGUGUGCGGCCUCCCACCGCCGCUGGUAAGCAGAGAGCAAAUAAUGAUCUGCAUCAGAGACACGGCUGGCCCGGCCUAUUAUAGGGUCUACCGGACCAAACUGCACCCAAGCACGAAGCUGUCCAGCUGGGCUUAGUCGCAGUGUAUGAAUAGAUGGUGAGAUGGAGGGAUAGAGAGUCAGACGGACCGAUGGACGGGUGGGUGUACGGUCGGUUCAAACACAGUUCAACUGAGAAAAGAUCAAAGGGAGUAAGGUUACACGGGGAAACAGACAGUGGAGAGCGAUGCUAAUUUUGAAAUGAUAGUAAGUGUGUUACAUACUGAUGUCCGUGCACACUCACUCAUAUACACACAAAUGCAUGCGCGCAUAUAUGCAGCCACACCCACGGGAAAUCUGUAUGACACCCACACUCACUCAUAUACACACAAAUGCAUGCGCGCAUAUAUGCAGCCACACCCACGGGAAAUCUGUAUGACACCCAAUUUGAGACACUCAUGCAUGUAAACUUGCAUGCAUAUGAAAAAUACUAGGGCUGUAAUCAACCAAAGAAAUUCUUGGUCGACUAAAACCCUGAAAUUUCAACCAAAAAUGGACUAAUCGGGGGUAAAUCCUUAUGCGAAAGGGGGCGAUGUGACUUGGCGGAGCGCGGCUCAGCUCAGUGGGGUGAAAAUAUACAAGAAGACCAUUAAACACAAAAGGCAAGUUGAAUUGUUAAGAUAAAAAUAAAUAUUUGGCAAACCAUUGGACGUCAAUUAAUUAACGUCGAUUAACAUGGACGCUCUUCAACGGUCUCCAGUGGGUUGGGUGAAUCCAAAAUGGUGAAAACAAGGGGGGGUGUUCUGAAACAGGCUGUUACCUGUGAAAUGGCAGUGCUCUGAAAACACCCCCAUUAGCACUUGGUACCUCCCUCUUCAUGAAAUUAACCAAAGACUGUAAAUUGAUGAGGAAAAAAAAUCGAGUCGACCAAUCAGAAUUUUGGUCGAGUCAGCACAUAUUGACCAAUAAGUUGACUAGGACUUUACAGCCCUAAAAAAUACACACUGACUUCCCAAGUACACACACAACACAAGUUUGUCUACGGUACACGCAUUCAUCAGGUGCUGUGUGGGUGCCAUCUGUCCAUAAUGGUUUCUUAGUGGCUCAGAUGCUUCAGUUCCACUGUUGCUCUUAUCAUCUUUCAGGAGCAGGAGACGGUGAGAGGAAAGCUAAGAAGUGUGAAAGUCUGAUUGGAGACAAAGCCACAGCCAGCAGAUUACUUUAUACUGGGCACAGACCCCUAAAGACCACCAUGCACCUCUAUCUGGAGAUCUGCCUCCCCCCUUCGCCUCCUCAUGCCAGCUCAGUCUUUCUUCUCUCAGCUCUACCUCGUUCUUUCCUCUUGCUUUUCACUUUUUCACUGUGUGUGGUGUGUGUGUGUAGUGGUUAGUGGUCAGAUUUCUCCCACUGGUGUAAUGUGUGACUCUAACACCAGCCAGUGUUGCAGGCCCACAUCAGACAUGUAAAAGGCUGGGAUUUAGGCCUGUUCUUUCCCCUGGCUGGCUCUCUGUUUAGUAAACCGUAUUUCCUGCAUCCGGCUUUGUCUCAGGAACAAGUGUUGGUCAAACAAGGCUUUUGUCUGCGGCCAGUGGCUCGGUGCACCGCAACCAGUUUGGCCUGGGACAAAGAAGUGAGUGUAUGAGUCUGGUUGUGUGUGGCUGUGGUCGAAAAAUACCGACAAACAGAGAGAGAGAGAGAAAAAAAAGAACAACAGAGAAGGUCAGAACUAGCCAGCCGUGCUAUCCGGUGUUUUAAAACGUACGUAGCUGUUUAAUACGGUGGCCCUGAGGUGCAAAACACAACGGAAAAUAAGAAAAGACAACGGCUGAGUUGGGUUAAGGUUGGAAAGACUUUUAAUUUAAAUGAUUUCCUUCUGUAAAACUUUCACCUGACAAAUUCAAACUUUUAAAAAUAGAAAAUUACGGUGGCCCUUAGGUGCAAAACAAUACGGCAAAUCAGAAAACACAAACAUAAAAAGGGAAAACACAACAGCAAAUCAGAAAACUGACAGAAAUAAAGAAAACAUAAUGGCAAAUCAGAAAACUGACAGAAAAAAAGAAAACACAAUGGCAAAUAUGACAACACAACGGCAAAUAAGAAAAUACAAAAACAUAAAGAGAAAACACAACGGCAAAAUUAGAAAAUACAACGCCAAAUCAGAAAACACAACAGCAAAUAAGACGACAUAACUGCAAAUCGGAAAACACAACACAAAAACGGAAAACACAAUGGUUAAUGUAUUGUGUUUUCUGAAUUGCUGUUGUUUUUUUGCACCUUGGGGCCACCGUAGUAUAACAUUCAUGUUUAGGAUAACAACACAAUAACUCUGUCUUAAAGUGAGGGUAAGCUCUGAAGUGCCCGUGUGUAAUUGUAGUCAGUUCCCUUGCAUCCUCCCCCCCUCAGUCCUUAAAGUCAAGUCAAAGUCAUGAACAACAGAUUUUAAAAAUGCAGAAGAAGAGCUCGAACAGGGGCCUCCAACUCAAAGCCUCCUCUUCUCCCUCUCUCCUCUCUUGAUUCACCCUUCACCCCUGUCCAAUCCCUGACUGUGAAUACCCUAAUGACAUAAACAGAGUAGUAAUCACAUUAACGCCAGUUACGGCUGAGGCACUCUUAAGAGGCACUGUAUUGACAACCUUCUGUCUUCCCAAGGCACUCACUCCAACACCUAUAAACACUUAUGAAUAUUGGCAAAGACCUUCGAUUAGCAUAAUCACUUUUCAGGUGUGUGUGAGUGCUCCUGAGCCCAGCCGACUGAUAACUUUGGGAAAUGGGGGUGACAUGCUGUGUCCCCCCCUGUGCCUCCCCUCUCUGUGCUUUUCCUCCUACUCCUUCUCCUUUUGGAAGCCCCGCGUGCUAAUCCUGUUAGCUUGUUCCUCCAUUAGCUAAAUGACCAAUAUCAGAGAGAGCUGCGUGGUCACAGCGCGAAGGCCCGGGCCCACAAUGAGGCUCGGUCAAGGACAAAACAAAAAAACAAUGGAGGCCAAGCCAAGUCUGCUAACUCUUGGAGCGGUGGCUGGAAAGUUUUAGAGAGGAGGUGAGGGAACGGGUCUAGAUGGUGAGAUCUUAGAUUCAUACAUUUUUCUCAGAAGUCAUUUCUUUCUAGUUUAAAAAACACAGCUUGUCGAAUAUACACACAACCGGAAACUACGGGUCUCCCGAUACAAUAUUGAUUUUGUAUAUGGUCCGAUAUCAACAAAAGAUAAAAUAUUGGCCAUUCCAGACUCCGCUUCAUCACCUCUAUCUAGCAGUGCCUGAAUCCAGCAUGUAAAGCCCAUGUGAUCACAACAGCAGUGUGUACUAAGGUACUGAUAAAGUAGCAAGAAGUAGGAUUGAUUUCGGCCCUGUGACAGUAUUUUUCACUUAAGUCAGAAAAAGACGAUGCAGCUGAGUGCAAAACUUAUCAUGCACAAGUUUCAGAUCAAUAUCGGUAUCCUAUAAUGCUAAAUUCUACAAUAUCUGUAUCAUAUCAGGGUAAAAAAGUUUUAUCUGGACACCCCGACCGGAAACCCAGUACCUCUGAGGAGUUUUUAAGCUCCACACCAAAAGCCGAAUGUAAGAGGAAAACCGUGGUGGAGCAAACUGCCAACACUGUGUUGAGGUCAUAGAUGUCUCGGCGUCUGUUGUUUUGUUUGUUUGUGUUUGUGGCUGUGUUUUGGACGACGCAGUGAAAGGGGAGGGGGCUUUAGUGACCAUGUGCGUGUGUGUGGUGAUUGAGAGACACUGUGUGCGUGCAUUACUGGCUUUGGGGGUUGGGGACACUAAACAAUAGAGCGAUCUGCAUGAGCAAAGAGUACAUGAUGCCUCGUCCUGGUGUGUGUGUUUUGCUUUGUCUGGUCAGCCCUGUUGUCUGGGACAGCGCUGUGACUGUGGUGUCAGCAGCUGCAGGCUGCCGUAUCUGCUGUUUAAGACGCCAUAGUUCCCCCGCUGCCCUUGCAUCAGUUGGCCUUGAGCUUUUACCAUGAUCCCAGGAUCAUAUUCUCUGCUUGAUAGCAGUGUCCGUAAGACACCAUAAUAGCCUUCCUCUGCUUUGUGUUGCAAUGUGCUGAAACUGCUUUGAAGAAGCUGUUAACCCCCGUCUCUUCCUCUGUGCCUGGCCUCUUUAGUUCUUUAUAUUUCUCUAUUUUUCAUGAUUAUCAUUCUUUCACUUUUCCACCCCUGAUCCCCCUGCCCUCUUUCCCUUCUCCUGUGUGCUUUCUGCCUUCUCUCUCCCCCAAAGUCCCCUCUUUCAGCUCCUGCCAUGAAAUGGCAGCUAAGGGGUUGUCAGUGUGGUUUCUCCUCUCUGCUGAUCCUAUUUCAAAGGGACCUGGAGAUCCAGCAUUAGCCCGUGCAGCUCUCCAUGCUCUGCAGCCCUAGCUCUCCACAGACUUAGCGUUAAUGGAAAGAGAGAAACAGACAGAGAGAAUGAGAAGGAGCUCUUCUUUAUUCCAUUAGAGGACAUACUCGUUUAUAAGAUCAUCCUUCCUCCUUUGCACAGUUCUUGGCUCCUCUCACCAGCAAGAGAAAAAAGCCUUCAAGGCCGUCAAACGCCCUGUCAGAAAAUCUCUUCUCCUUCUCAGUGACUGUCCUUCUAUUCUUUUGAGGACAGCAGUGGAGGACAGUAUUUGGCUUAUUUAGAUUUCAUGUGUGGUGAGUCCGGGUGCUUUUUUUUUAAUGUUCCUGCGUAAUUAUUGUCGUCACUGUGUGAAGCACACGGCGUCUCUGUGGACAGGUUUUCAAGACAUGCUGUUUUUGAUACGUAAGGAAGUGAAUUGACUACCGCCUUUGAAGUGUGUUGCUGUGGCUUUUGUGUACUUCAGAAAUCCGGCGGCUUGUCAUUCAAUAUGUCUUCUUCAUGCCACACUUCUCUUCCUACUUUGCACCCUUCGUUUUUUCCCUGUACCACGAUCCCCGGUGCUUUCUUUUCCCCUGACGGACACAUCUGUGUCUCUGAGGAAAAACCAACGUUCUGGCCAGCCCCUCCCCUCCCUCUCUCGUCCCUUAAAAUAACAGAAAAUUUAAUCCAUUAUCCUCUCGGUGCAUAUGCAGGCUUUGCUCACACAUUAAAACACAGACAGGGAAGUGUGUAUGAGCCGCAAAUCAAAGCAAAGCGAAUAGAAGAGGCCAGGUUACUGCAACCGUUUUACGAGUGAUUUGGGGCUUUCUAUUUAAAACCAUAAAAACACACACAUAAUCAGGAAACAUACAUACACCCUUAGCCAAUGUAAUGGGCACAUUUUAUUUGUGCUUAUGAAGAGGAAGCAAAAAAAAAAAAACGUGUAUGGGCAAAUGGCUUUUUUAUGAUGGAAAAAUUCCAUAGUGGGUCAAAGCCCCUUGCAGGUGGCAGCAAUUAACUGUAAUUCUUGCAGAUUGUAAUGAUCCAUAAUUUACCAGUAUACCCCCCUUCCAACUCUUUUCAGUCAAGAGAAAAAGGUUUGCGUGGAGGUUUGAUUGGGUGCACAUUUUAUGCUGUGCUCUGCUCUUAAGUGAGAUUGUUCAGAGGGGGCUGUGGUGGACACACGAGAUAGAAAGUAGAGCCACGAAACAUCCCACUGUCCCUUCCAUCGCUCGUCCACAACACCGCUCUUUUUCGCACAGCGGCCGUCCUCUCUUCUUGACCUCCUCUUCAUCCCUUUGUUUCUCAACCUCAGCGGGCUUAAAACAUGCAACACCGUCCUUCCACCAUCUUAGGGAUUGCCUAUAGUUGCAAACACACACACACAUGGUCAGCCCCCCUCCUCCCUUCCUCUGCCUCGAUCUCCCUCAGUCACACAGUAUAGUCGUGGUUAUGGGUUCAGUGUCUGCAAAUGACUUGAGAAAAACACCCUCCAGUGAAAAAAGAAAAAAAAGGAAGAAGAAAGGAUAAGAAAGCUAAAAGAUGAAAGGGGGAGCACAUUUGCAAGUGGCGGAUGCUUCUUAUUUUGCAUAUCUCUCACUUCUGCUUUCCCCUUCUUCUCCUUUUCUUUUCACCUGAGAGGAUUUAAAUAAAUCCAUAAAGCAUGAAAUAUCAGAAAUAGAAAAGUAAUGCAUUUUCAUAGGAGCCUCCCCGCCCACACACAAACACAGCAACACCGUUUCCCCUUUUGCUUCUUUCAACUGUGUGUGUUUUUUUGUGAUAAACGCUGGUACGAUUUAUUAACAUGUGACCUCUUAUUUGUUUUCAGCAUUAAUAUGCAGCAUCAGAUACAUGUCCCACUUUAGCCCGGCUAAUUCUGUAAACAUGGCAUUGGAGGGGAGAUGAAUGUGUUUAACGAGAUUAGGCGUGCAUUGUCAGGCAAAUCUCUGGUCAGUGUGUAAGUGCUAUUGAAAGUCAAUUAUUGUUUCAAAUAUUCCAAUGCCUGCUCAACUGUGUAAAUUGUGUAUUUGCUGCCUGAGCAAUCGCUCAUUAUUGUUUUAUUUAUUCCUUUGUCAAGUGUCCAAAUUGAAUUAAAAAGGGUUUUUUAAAUAGAAUUAUAACACGCAUUUCAAAUCCGGAAUAUUUUGUGCAUCGGCAUGUCAUACUCUUACUGACAGUUUUUAAAUACGCUGUGAUGCUUUUUACCUGCUCUUUCAACCUGUUCAAAUUCUCUAUCUAAUCAUCUGAUUUUAGCCACAAACUAUAAUUUGGGAUAAUGUGGCAAUAUUUACCGUAUUUUUCAGGCGAUAAGGUGCACCGAAUUAUACGGCGCACUGUGAAUUAACGCAUCUAUGUUCACACAUAAGGCGCACUGGAUUGUAAGGCGCAUUAGGCAUUGAUUGGUUUCUUGUUGCUAGCGUGUACUCCGGUCCCAGGCUGCCUUACAUGAAUGCACCGUCAGGCAGUGUUGUAGACUGCUCAGGGUCCUGUUGCGGGGCCGAUCAGGUAGUGACAGAUCGUACCGCAAUGCUCCAAAUAUCCAUUGAGCAGAGUGGCCUCAUUGUUGACCAAAGCCAUACAUACAAAAAUACACAUUUCGACAGUUUUUUGAGCACAUUGUACCACAUAAAAUCGGUCAGUCAGCACAACAAGUAUUCAUACAUAAGGCGCGCUGGAUUAUAAGGCGUGCUGCCAAUUUCUGAGAAAAUUUAAGGAUUUUAAGUGCACCUUAUAGUCCGAAAAAUACGGCACUUAAAUGCUACAAAAAAGGAGGUAAUAGCAAACUUACAGUUCAAACAUUAUAAAAGGAUUAAUCCCUAAAUGACGCCACAUGCUUUCACUUUUUAACCAUCACAGUAAAAGCGUAUUUCUUUUUCUUAAACCUUAAUUACUUGUGAUGUUUUGACUUUUUCGUGAGCUUGUUCUAUUCAUCAGAAAUGUGUUACCUGAGUCUAACAUUGAACAGGUUUUUAAAAAAAAAUUUUUUCUCUCUGUGUAUUUUUCUUCUUAGAUAAAGAUGAGCCCAGCAGCUACACCUGCAACACCUGUAAGCAGCCUUUCACCAGUGCCUGGUUCCUGCUCCAGCAUGCCCAGAACACCCACGGUUUCCGCAUUUAUCUGGAAAGUGAACCUGGCAGUCCCCUCACCCCCCGCGUGGCUGCAGCUCCUGGGAUGGGGGGUGACUGUGCCUCCUCCCAGCCCCCUCUACAUGCUGUCCACUUAGCCGACGGCAGUCCCUACAGCCUUCUGAGGAUGCCAGGCUCGGGGUCCGGUCGAGAUUCAGCAUCCACGCCUCGUGAGGGUCGCUACCCCCGGACCCCGCCGCUGUUCAGCCCGCCACCACGCCAUCACCUCAGCCCUGAUGACCUGGCCCUGGCGACCCACCAUCCCAGCGCCUUUGACAGGGUGAUGAGGCUCAACUCAGUGCCACUAGAAGCCCCUCCCAGCAUGGACUUCUCAAGGCGUCUACGUGAGCUGGCUGGGAAUGCAACAGGGGCCUCCCCGCCCCUCUCCCCCAACAGGCCCAGCCCUAUGCAACGACUGCUGCAGCCAUUUCAGCCAGGAUCUAAGCCUCCAUUUUCAGCUACACCUCCCCUCUCCACCUCCCAGUCACCUUCUGGUGCAAGAUCCACCCCGAAUGCUCUAUCCAGUGCGGGCCAACCGGGCACUCCUCUCAAGGCGAAGUCUUGCGAGUUCUGCGGAAAGACUUUCAAAUUCCAGAGCAACCUAAUAGUUCACCGGCGUAGCCACACUGGGGAAAAGCCAUUUAAGUGUCACCUCUGUAACCACGCCUGCACCCAGGCCAGCAAACUGAAGCGACACAUGAAGACACACUGUCAGAACAAGUCCUCUGUGGUGAACGCCAAGUCAGACGAUGGACUCUCAACCGCAAGCUCGCCCGAACCUGGUACGAGUGAACUGAUGGGCAGCGCCACGGAUGCUCUAAAGUCAGUGGUCGCCAAGUUCAAGAGCGAAAACAACGGCGUGAUGUCUGAAAACGGAGAGGAAGACGAGGAGGAUGAGGAGGAAGAUGAGGACGAGGAGGAGGAGGAGGAGGAAGAAGAAGAAGAGGAGGAGGAAGAGGAAGGGGAGGAGGAGGAGAUGGAGAGCAAGCCUGGAGUAGAGGAAGAAGAUGGAAAAAAUGACUAUCGUUUUAGCCUCCGAUUAGAAGGGGCUCGCCACCACCAGAACAGCGAGGCACUGCACCCGCGCCACAGAAGCUUGUCCCGGGACCAGGGCGAUGAAGAAUCAGCCAUGGACACAGAGCGAGCGGUUGAUGGAACCACUAACGCCAUCAACGGCCUGGGACCUCUAUCCUCUGACCGCCUGUCGAGGAAGCUGCUGGGUGGAGGAGUCAGCCCUGGCUCCCUCAGUCCCCUGUCCAAACGCAUCAAGGUGGAGAAGGACCUCGACCCCCCCAUGCCUACCAUCCCGAACACAGAGAACGUUUACUCCCAGUGGCUCGCUGGCUACGCCGCCUCACGACAACUCAAGGACCCCUUCAUCAACUUCACGGGCGGGGAUUCCAGACAAUCACCCUUUGCCUCCUCAUCUGAGCACUCUUCGGAAAACGGCAGCUUGCGCUUCUCCACCCCGCCCGGCGAGCUGGACGGAGAACGUGCUGCAUCAGGACGCAGCGGCACCGGCAGCGGGGCCAGCACACCCCACGGCGGCAGUGGCAACGGCAGGCCGAGCUCUAAAGACGGUCGACGCAGUGACACUUGCGAGUUUUGCGGCAAGGUGUUCAAGAACUGCAGCAACUUGACAGUGCACAGACGCAGCCACACUGGGGAGCGGCCCUAUAAGUGUGAGCUGUGCAGCUACGCGUGCGCCCAGAGCUCAAAGCUCACCCGCCACAUGAAGACCCACGGACAGAUGGGCAAGGACGUGUACAAAUGUGAAAUCUGCCACAUGCCUUUCAGUGUAUACAGCACUCUGGAGAAACACAUGAAGAAGUGGCACAGUGACCGCCCUCUGGCUAAUGACAUUAAGACUGAGUAGUCAAAGAGCAGCGCGCUGGCAGCUCUCUCUCAGCUCCCCUGGCUAAAAAGUGACCCUGGCUAACUUGCCACUAAGUGAGGGGAAAGGACAACAGGGUUAGACACUAGUCCACGGUACAGCCCUGUUAUCAUCCCGACUGGAGAAAGCUGAAUGCAUGAUCCAUCAUUGGGGCAAUACUAUUGCAUCAAACGCAAAACUUUUUGAGCCUUUCUAUUGUGCAAUAAUUUUCACGUUUUGUAUUUUUUUGUAACUGGACAGCAUGCUCAGUUUGUUUUGGCUACUUAGAGAGAAAAUUUGUCCUUGGUUGGCUGGUGGGUUUGGUUGUACAUGUGUUGCUGUUGAUACUAAGAUUUCUUCAACGUAAAAAAAAAAAAAAAGUUAGAUAUGAGAUUCCAUGCUGCAUACAGUACAUACUGUUUUACAUAUCAUGUACAGUUUGUGUUCAAACAUAGUGGACAGUGUCAUAAUAUCAAAACAUCAAGACAAGCAGGGUCACACUUAAAAACGGAUCUUUGUGAAAGAUUUUCCAUGCAAGAUUGAGAUAAGAGUUAUUAUAUAUAUGUAUAUGAAAAAUUUGGCUGCCUAUGAAAUGCUAGGCACGAGCGCCGUGAAAUAUUCCUCUGACAAACAGCAAUGAAAUUACGCAGAUGGUGUGAAAUGACAACAUGAGUGCCUUGGAUAUUUUACCUGCAUUAGUUAAUCCUCCUCCUUUUUGCUAUAAGCUCGGAGUUUCAGCUGUACAAUUUACAGGACAUUUUUGUGCACAUGUGGAACAAGCAGGUCCUUGCAUCAAGCACCUGUAUGACCCUGUUGUUUUGUGACUUAGCAGAGCAUAAGGAACCAGCUGAAAGAAAAAACAGAAAAAAGAGUAUGUGUAUCUCUGGUAAAUCAUUUAUCUGCCUGACUCAUGUAUAUUCUUCUUCUUCAGAUUAUGAUUCUGUUUACUGGCAUGCUACAUGCUAAAAAAGGAGUAGAAGUUUGGUGUGUAGACUUUUGGUUUAGGUGUUUUUGUUGCCCGGUACAUGUGUACUUUACUGAGGGGGGUGUCUGACGAGUUGUUUUUAACCAACGUAAAGCUCUUCAUUUUCCAGAGUGUUUAUUUUCUUUGAAAAUUAAAAGUUUGCAGGUUUCUUUGUAAGUAGCACAGAAUUACGUUUCUUCAGGCGGUGUAGCCAGCAGCCAUUCGGAGACCACACAGUGGGUUUUUAGUUGUUUUAAGCCAGACAGAUUUUGGGGGUGGUGGGGUGUUCGGGUGGGUGUUUGAGGGGAAGGGUGGGUGAGGUUCAGGGUAGUGGGUUAACCAGGUGUCUCUACAAUUCAAAUGUUUAUGUCCUUAUAGCGCUUAUUCUCUUAACGCAUUAGAUCUUAUAGUAACCAUUAAGUAAUCGGAGAGCCUUUUCUUUAGCUUACAUUGGAAACGACCUUCACCGGAGGUCAAAAUCAAAAAAGUCAAGAAUCUUUUUUUAGUGAUUUUUUUUUUCCAACAAAUUACCCCUUUCCCACAAUCCUUUGAGAGUCUUUUCUGUUCACUUGCUAGAGCUCAUUGUGGUAGUUUGUUCAUUAUCUCCAUCCCCCAUCAUGUUAAUAUAGCACUUGUCACUCUGCCUUGGAUUCUGUAUCUGUCUCUCUAAUCGGAGGUACAGUCGGUUGAGUAUAAAAUGAGCACCGGAUUUCAGGUCCGGGACUACUUACGUGCACUGUUCAAUUUUCCCAGUUUACAGUUGGACACUCAAGGGAAAACUUGCUCUUAUGCUGACAGAUAAGUGUGGUGUUAAUGCUUUGCAUUAAACGGAAAAAAUAUAAAAAUAAAAUGAAAAAAAAAAAAAAAAUCUAGAAACUGUUGCCAGCCAUGUCUCCUCCUGAGAGCUCAAUGUCAGUUUGGCUCUUUGGAGUAUCAAUGCAGGAACCGCCAUAGAAAUAUCCUGCCUCAUAAAUACACCACCCACAACACAAAUAUACAACUCUACAAAUCUGAUUUAAAAAGUUAAGUAAAUGGUGUCGAUUUUUUGCAGUAACACUUCAGUAUCUUUAGGGAAGAACGUUAUUUAAAAACUGUUUUCAUUUCUUAUCGUUUAUUGUUGUUCCUCUUCCCGUCUUGGUGACAUCUGGGACUUGAUCACUAUGUAAUGAAUUGUAAUGAACAUAUCUCUCAUCUUUUUUUGCCUUUACUAUACACAAGUCUUCAGGUUGAACAAAAAGUUUGCAUCGGGGAGAGAUUUAUGAUAUAUGAAUAUAUAAAGAGAACUUAAAACACAUAGGAAAAUGCACAGUCAUGUAAGUUCCUAUGUUCAAAACACAUUUAUGGUCUACUUUUUUCCUGUAUUUAGAAUGGUAUUUGAAAUUAAUGUUCACUUAGUGUAGGCACUUAUAGUAUUUAUGUUGAAGCCUGUAUUUUUAACUGUUUUGCCUGUACUCUUUAAAGGUUUCAAUGUACCCUUUUUUUUCUGUAGUGAAAAAAAUCCCAACAAGCUGCCACCGUAUAUUUUCUUAAUUUGGCAGGAUAAUAUAGUGUGAAUAAUUUGUAUGCUUGAAAAUAAGUAUGUUUUUGAAAAAGAAACUGUUGUGGUGUUCCCCAUGGGUGAGAGGUCAUGUAAUGGCCUUUUCAGGCAGUCCCGCUGGUGAGGCCACAAUGAGGUAAACACAGGUGGUUGUACAUAUCUUUUUAGUUUGUUUUAUAUAUUUUUCUCUCCUGCCAUUUUAUAUGCAGUAAUACAAGCUAUUGUUGGGUUUUCUCAGUAGCCAACUUUUUACUGUUCUUGAACAUGUACCACCUGAUAACAUUCCAGCUGUUUUUUAAAGAGACCUUUUGUCAUAUGCAAUCAAUCCAACAUCAAUCUGAAAAAAGCAUUUCUUUGCUGCAGUUUUUUUCUUUUGUUACUUCAAAUUAUUUUCCUGUUUCUCAUUGCCAAACAAACCAUGGUGCUUUAUAAUUUAAAUAUGGUACAUCUCAUAUGCAAGGCAUAUUCUAAAUAUAACAGAAAUCAAAGAGAGAAAACAAACGUCUGGUACAUGUUGUUCAUGCUGACGGUGUUGAGGUACAUUUAAAUCUUCAGCCUGAUUUCAUCCUGUGUUUCUGUAUUUACUCUCAAGCUAUUUGUUCUGAACUGAACUUGAAGUUGACCUACUGCAUUGGUCAGCAUUAUUUAUUAUGACUAUACACACACUCACAGACGCACACUCACCUACAUACACAUAUACACUAAUACAUACACACACAUACAUACACACACACUCUGUUCAGAACAGAGUCACAGCAAAUCCGAUCAGUCCAGUUUUUUUUCCCUCCUGAUGAAUUGUGAUGGUUUAAUUUCUCUGUUUGAUGACCAAAGGUCAUUGACCGACAUUCAUGAGUUCUUGCUCGACUUACAGAUUUUAUUGUUGAUAUUUUUCAGUUAUGGAGAUGCCACUCUAUUUUCAGCUGUUGUCUGCAUAACUCUCUUCACUCAGCCAUUUUGUCUUGAAAAAAAUAAAAAGUAUUACAUACAAAUCUGAA